GAGAACUCCGUCCCCCGGAAGUUCUGCAGAGAUAUUUCAUUGGGGAUUUUUUGAAGAGCAAUCGGGGUCAAUGGAAGACGGCGUCUGCUUCCUCCCACACGUAUCAUUAUCUGCCUCUAUGCAUGCAUACAGCCAGAGUAGGAUGCGUGCCGUCUUUCCCUUCUGUGACGUCGCCGUCGGUACCCCUAUUCCUUCUUUCGUCUACCAUUUGCCGCCUCCUCUUCGUUAAGCACCUAUUCAUAGCUGCAGAAGAGGCUGCUUCAUCACCUCCUCCGCAUUUCUCCAUGUAAAUUUUGCUAUCGAAACUUUUCUAUCUUCUGCUGAAGCCUCUGCAGUUGUUUCCUUGUUGUUCUUCCUCUCUUUGUUGGUCGUCCGGGUAAUGGAAAUGGGGUGUUUGAAUCGCCUGAUGAUGGUGGGCGAGAGCAUUUACGGUGGUCCCUCUCUGCACUCUCUGAGACGUCGUGUUGUGGUGCGGCACGACCAGAGGAGCCGGAGGACGUGGAGAAGGAGGAGGAGAUGGGAGACUCUUCAACUGCCCGCGAAUCGUUCGAGAUUUUGCGCCUCCAGUUCGAGAUCCUCAUCUUCUAAGUUUCAAGAUUUUGGAGGUUUUGCACAGCCUUUGUUUCUGUUGCCAGCAGAAGAAGCGAAUAUUUGUCCUUGUUCAUCAGCAGAGUCACCUUCUAAAGUUGGACUUGAUGAAUCACAUUCGCUAUAUUCAGUUCAACUACAUACAAGUUCUUAUCUAAACUCAGGUCUUGAUGUCUCUGCUUCUCUACUAAUUUGCCUGAUUGGUGAAAAUGGAGAUUCGAUAUUACAGAGAAUACUGUCAAUGCCAUCAGUCAAUUCUAACCGGUUGGAGGAGAUGGAUACUGCUGAUCGAGUUUGCUUUCAAAGGGGUUCUGUGGAUCACCUGACAUUUCGAGGGCCUCAACUAAGUAAACUUCAAGCACUCUGGGUCGGAGUGGACUCAGGUAGUUGGAGAUUCCGAGGUGUAAGUUUGGCAGUCACUUCCCCUAAAGAAUCUCAAUCAAGCUCUGAAGAGGAGAGCUCAAACUUGUGUGGUGGAAUACGGUAUGAGUUUGGAGAUAUGGAUAUCUUUCUUGGAGAGACUGAGGAGAUGACCAUGGUUGAAUUGAGGCCAUGCCACAUAUCUGAGCUAUCCUCUGUCAAUCCAUUUGAUUUAUCAAGCAUUCAUCUACCAAUAUCAUCAGCUCUACCAGAAAGUAAAAUAUCCUUGGAGGAUGGCCUGAGGGAGUAUAGGGAUUUAAAGCUUUCAAUGCUGCUUUAUGAUUUGGUGCUUGUCUUGGGAGGUACAUAUAUCAUGUUUACACUACCAACAGGUGACCGAACCGCAUCCAACUUUCUGAUAGGUGGUGGCUGUGGAUUCCUUUAUCUCUUUCUGCUUCAGAGAACUGUUGAUAGGAUAUGUGCAUCUUCUUCAGUCAUGAAUGGCAAUUCUCCCUUUGGCUUGGAGAGCCUUUGGCGCAUGCUCUUAAAAGCCAAGGAACCCCUGCCAGUUCUAGCUGUGGGCUUGGUCUCUACAUUCCUAGCAUUGAAGUAUUUCUUAGUAAAUAACUCCAUGCUCUUGACACCCCAGGAACUCUUUGCAUUGGCCUCUGGGUUUUUUAUAUGUAAACUGGCUGUAGUCUUAGCAGCAUUCAGACCAAUAUCUAGUUCAAGCAAGGCUAAGUAAUACACAUCUCUGUACAUAUUUGUUUUUCAAGCCUGAGUGAAGGAACCUUUACCUCGAGGGAGACUGGAGUCUCUCUCAAGGAAUUCUUGUAAACCAAGCAGACCAAUGGAUUUUGGCUUAUGAUUUUUUUACUGGUA